AAAAAAAUUGUAUGUACUUUAUUUUACAGACUACAGCCAAAUGUUGAUACUCGGCAAAAACAGCUGACAGCCUGGUGCUCCCUGGCACUGUCUUACUGUCGCCAUCAGAAACUCUACACCCUAGAUAUAACGGAGGCCCAAGAGAGUCCAGUCUUCAACAACAAGAAAAUACAGAGGAAACUCUCAACAGAUACCAUUCAGGUUAUAUUUGAAGAGCUCAGAAAAAAAGGGAACCUGGAGUGGAUAGAUAAAAACAAAACACGUUGUUUGAUAAUGUGGAGGCGACCAGAAGAAUGGGGAAAACUUAUAUAUCGAUGGGUUUCAAAUAAUGGAAUGACAAACUCAGUGUUCACAUUGUAUGAGCUCUCAAAUGGAGAUGACACUGAAAAUGAAGAAUUCCAUGGUUUGGAGGACUGGAUGCUGCUGAGGUCACUUCAGGCCUUACAGCUGGAAAGCAAGGCAGAAAUUAUUACUCUCAACGACAGCAAAGGGGUCAAGUUCUUUUGAUGAUGUUCACGUGACUACAGACGAACUGUACUGAUUACCUGAGUGGUUAUUGUAUUCGUUUCAUUUGGUGGCGGUGGUGGGAAAGCCAGUUCUGUUGGAAGGCUUGUGUUUAUAAUAUUAAGCUAAAGCCUUUUUUUUAUAUACAGAAUAUAUUAUAAAACUUGAAUGAUGUCAGACUCCCAGCUGCAAUAAAAGUAUUUCCCAGCGCCACCAAAAAUCUAAAAGACACCUUCUUUGUUUGUGCUUGUUCUGCUGCAGAUACUGGGGGUUUAGUUAGACUCAUUGAAAAAGCAACGGGGAGAUAAAACUUCAUAAUGGUUAAUCAUGCUUAAUGGGAGCUGGUGGAAGCUAACUGCUGUACAUUUGUCAAUUUGUAAAAAAACACUUCAUAAUGUUUUUGCAGCCUUUAUGUUGUCUGUGGUGUUUAACAGAAGUAAAUGUUCAUAGUGGUCACUAUAAAUAGGUGGUCUUUAAAAAGGGCAGUCAACAGUAGCAGCAGUAAUAUAGUGGGGCAUUUUUGUUUCUCCAGUUUUUACUCUUAACUCCUACUUUUUUGAAAGGAGAGAAUUCCUUUGUAAUGUUACAAAUCUGAGAAACAGCAUGAGAGUGGUUGAUUAAAAGACACACACACACACACACACAUAUAUAUAUAUAUAUAUAUAUAUAUAUAUAUAUAUAUAUAUAUAUAUAUAUAUAUAUAUAUAUGGUACUGUAUUUUAAUUUCAAUAGGUUAAAACCAGUCAGCUUUUUAUUUGCUUUAGGCUGUCAAUAUGUCUCUAGGGCUUCUAAGGAAGUCUUAAGCCUACUUAAAUGAUGUCUUAAAAGUUAGAUUCAUGUAAAAAAAAAAAAAAUCUCUAGAAAUUUGUACCACCUGAAAUAAUGAAAUUCUUGGUAGUGUGUUUUUCCCCAUUUUUUCUGAUAGCCUUCUGAAUUUCCACUUUCCCAAUGCAUUGCUGUUGAGAGGAUGUUGAGCUUUAAGUAGCGAUGCGUGUAGAGGGCUAUAUUCAAAUAGUGUCUGUCUGCCAAACCACACUAUACAGCAUGCAUUCUCUCGCAAGUCAUUACACGUUUUACUUGUCCUGUAAAAUGAUAAAUGAUGGCAUAUAAAAUAUAUAGAACUGCUACUGUUCUUUGCGUGCUUUGAUGGGGGGGUGGGAAUACGAACAGGCACACAAUUAAAACCGUUUGUUUUAUUUAUUUUGUUUUUUUUUCUUUGCUGUAAAUCGUUGCAAAUUUGUUCUCUGUUGCUUCUUCACCUACUGUAUGUGUUAGGGAUAUAUCGGGUGUUUAUAACCUUGCAACUUAAAAGGUUAAUUUUACAAACAAUAUUUCAUUAAAUAAAAACUGAAACGAAAAUGCUUUCAUGUCUAA